CUUGGCGCCGAGCUGAGUGGCUCGGAGGUGCAGCUCGCAAAGAGCACUUGUGCUCCGGUGGGACCAGAACACACACAGUGAAACAGAGAACACAAGGGGACAACAUGAUCUACAAAAGGCCGGCAGCGUGGGUGGCGCUGCUGCUGGCGGUAGCCGCCGCCGCUCCGCAGGUGGCGCCACUGGGCAACGGCGAGCCCAUCGAGUCGCGCAUCGUGCGCAAGGUGCUGGAGAAUGGCACCAUCGUCGAGUACGAGUACCUCUACUACUACGACUACGAGGAUGGCGAGGCAGAGAACUCGCUCGACUUCGAUGAUAACUUCGCUGAGAGCUCGCCCAGCGAUGCUUCGACCGCAGCCACGACAGAGGCAGCGACGGAGGACGUUGUGACCGACGCUCCGACUACCACCACAACUACCACAACGACUACCACAACCACGACCACCACGCCCACCACAACCACGACCGAGCCGCCCACCACGACUGUCGAGGCGGUGACUCGGCCAUCGCGGCGCCGCCUGCGCCCGCAGCCGGAGAUCCUCAACAACGAGGUAACCCUGGUCUCGGAGGGAGGACAGUUCUCGCGUGGACGAGCCAGUCGACGACUGAUCGGAGGUCAGGCCUCCAGGGAUGAGAAUGAGGAAGAACGGACGCUGUCCAACCGUCGCACCAUCAGCCGUGGAAGCACUUCCACGUCCAGUGUCCGCACGGCGUCUGUCGGUGGAGAGGCCUCGACUGCCGUCAACCGUGGGCCAGCUCGUGGAUCGAGGCGAGGUUCGACUCGUGGGAGCAUCAGAGGACGCGUCAGCGCUAGCCGUGAACGUGCCAGUGCUGGGCAAGAGGAAGAAGACGUUGAGCAGGAGGUGGCUGUCACGACUAACGUCCGCACUUUUGCCACAUCCGGCCGGCGGUCGAGCCUGAGCCGCGGCCGAGGCAGAGGUCGCGGACGGCCACAGUCCAGUCUGACUUUCACUACCGAGCCAACUACUACUACUGAGGAGCCCACCACUACCGAGCCCACAACCACUACUACAGAGCCUACGACGACCACGACCACCGAGCCCACGACGACCACCACUGAGCCGACCACCACCACGACUACUGAGGCAGCCACUACUGCGGCAGCCGCGGAGAUCAGCACCACAGGCAUUCCUCCCAAGGACUUAGAGUUUGUCAACUACGACGAGCUUUACGACGACGGCUACGAUUACUACUACUAUGGAGAUUAUGCGUACACAGAUGACUUCCCCGCUCCUGUGGCUGCCGAGGCUGCCGCUGAUGCCUUCCUUGGAGAGGGAGUCGGCAUUUCUCUUAGCAGGUCGCGAGGACAGACCAUCCAGCCAACCACAGAGGCUGCUCCAGUCGCCCCUUCAGAAUCCCCAGCUCCUGAAGAAGCCACUACGACUGAAGCAGCUAAGCUUCUGUUCUCUGAAGCCACCAGUGAAGCUAAUGAUGGUCCGAUAUCGACCACCACAGCUCUGCCCGAGCUGGAUGAGGCCACUCCCACCAUGAGCCUUGAUACUGAGGGUUUAAGUGCCGGUGUUGACUCCACGACAGAGGCCGAACUUUCCACUACUGCUCGUUCUGCGCCUAUUGAGACUGCGGAUCUUUUCCCGACAGUGUCAACUCCGGUACCAACGGACACUUCAACCAUCUCAAACCUGAAUGACGCAGUCGAUGGUGGUGCUGACACACCAGUUCCUUUUGAGGAAGCAUCUCCCCUUCCAAUCUCAACAGAAUCAAGCUUCGAGGCCACACCUACAACGGAGGCCAGUACUCUCCAAGAUGAUUCAACCACAGAAAGGUCUCGAGGACGGUUUUCCUCUCGAACCAGGCUUUCAUCGACUCGAAACCGCAUUACCACUCCCGAAGAGGCUGCUCCCGUGCCAGCACGCGAUGCACAGGAGGAAGUCGCCAUCAGCUCCACUCUCAGCAAGGAGGAACUUGAACAGAAAAAGGCUGCCAUUGACGAGCCGAUCAGCACCAUCACAUCCCAGCGUCGCGGCAGCAGCCGAUUCCGUUCCCGUGCACAGGCUGCCACCCAGCAAGGUUUCGCUCCAGUGCGUCCUCGAGGCCGCCGUCCAGUCAGCGUGCCGACUCCUGAGUCGAGCGUCGCCCCGACCCAGGAGGUCACGAGCAGUCGCGGCUCGGUUCGUCGAGGUGGCACCCGCGUGGUCAGCAGUCGCGUCAGCAGCCGCACCCGAGCCUCCCAGACAGAGAGACUGAAUCAGCAGGAUGAGCAGCUGGAAGCCGAACUGCAGGAUCCAGUGGUGCUGGACAAUGCCCGCCUGGGCCGUGUGGUACAGCGUACCAGCAACCGACGACGGCCGGUUAACGAUGUCACUAUUCAGACCACGGCGGUGCCGACACCUGCUACCGAAGAGUCCACAGAGUCAAUCGUCUUGGACAAGAGGCGGCUCCCCAAGAGACCGCGCUUCCCUCCCCGUGGCCAGCAGCAAGAGAGAGAUCAGGCUUUGGAGCUAGAGCUGGAGCGAGAGUCAGAACAAGCACCUCAGGAGCAGCUUGAGCUUGAAGGAGAAGACAUCGCUCAUCAAACUGAACAGUCACGGGAAGAAGUUCUGUCGGCGGAACAAGCCUCGGAGCAAGAGUUAGUGGACGAGCAGACGACUGAUUCUGAGUUGGAAGUGAGGCAGGAGCCGAUUCGCAUUGAACCUGAGCUGGGUCUGGGUCAAGCACAAGAGCAAGCACCAGUAGGAGAGCCUGAAUCCACUGAAAUAGAAACCAGCGUGGAGCUCGGACAUACCCAACAGCAGGAACCCCAGGGCACCACAGAGGCGGUUGCACCUACACCUACAGCCGCGUUUGCUGACGAUUACGGCGAUUACUACGACGAUUAUUAUUAUGCCGAUGCAUUUGCUGACGAUGCGGUCGUUGGUGCUGACCAGGACAUCCCCAUAGCACCUGAGGUAACUGAAAGUCGAUCAGAAUCAGAUGGUAAAGAACCGACUAUUGCUUUGACAACGGACACCGCUUCCACUUCUCCUGCUGUACCAGAGCCAGUCGUCGCCAUCGAUGACGAGACUGCAGCUCUUGACGUCGCUGUUGAGACUGAGGGUCUAGAAACAGAAGUGACGGUCACCGAGACGACGGCCGCUCCCACCACAUCAACGACUACAACGACCACGACGACCACGACCACGACUACCACCGAGGCAACCACCACGACCACUGCUGCGCCCGAGGAGGAGACUCAGCGCACGCGUCUUUCGGGAGGUGGCCGUCGUCGUCUAACGAGUAGCCGCCGGGUCCGACCGCAGCGAGUCCAGGAGACUGUCGAGAAGGAAGAAGUCAAUGUAGAGGAAGCGCAGCCAGUCAGCAGACUUUCUUCCAGAUCGAGGGUUAGGGGACGACAGCCGUUGCGCAGGACGCGACCCGGGCGUAGACCACAACCAGAGCCCGAGGCUGUCGAGGACCAAGAGGAAGUGCAGCAAGAGGCUGUUGAAGGAGAGGUUACCGCAGAGGCUGUGACCGAGCAGAGCACAACCACGACCACAACCGAAACUCCCUCGAGGCUGUCUGGACGCCGUCGCAUCAGCAGUCGCCGCAGGGGAGGUUUCCGCGGCCGAGGACGCCCGAGGCCUGAGGUCAACGUACAACAGGAAGAGGACACGGAGGAAGAAGACUCCACGCCAACUAAAGCUACUCCAGCACCAGAGGCUGCAUCUCCAGCCCCCGUACGCCGUGGUGGAGUGUCGAGGCAGCGUCUAAGGUCCGGUGGAGAUCGCCGCCGCACACGUCUGCGUGGCCCCUCACGACUUCGUGGUCGCCCAGAACCCGAACCUGAAGUAGAGGAAGAAGAAGUGGUUGAUAAUGUUCAAGAAGAAGAGACACUGGAUGUGGAGACAUAUGCAUCCAAAUCGAAUGCUGUCGAGGAAGAGACCAUCGCUGUCGAGGAAGCGACUGAGGAGGCCCCAGCACGAGGUCGUCCGGCCCCUGGCCGCCGAGGUAGACCCACAUCGUCAAGAGGGUUCCGCUCACGGGGACCUGGCCGUCGCGGUCGCCGACCGGAGCCUGCCGAAGAGAAGCCGAUUAAUGAGGAACCCAUUGAAGAACAGGUCCAAACUGAAUCUGAGGUCAAGCAGGCUACUGAAGUGUCUGAAGAAGCCGUCCAAGAAGAAAAGCAGGAGAUUGAAGAGGAAGCUGUGGUGGCACCAGCUCGUGGUGGACGCCGAAGGGUAUCAAGACUUCCUCUGCGUGGAUCACGCCCCAGCCUGCGUCGGGCUCGCCCGUCGCGCCGGGGACAGCGGGUACAAGAGACGGUCACUGAAACUCCAGCGGCUGAAGAGGUCGUGUCUCAAGAGACUGCUGAGGUCGUCCAGGAAGAGCCUGGUGCAGAGGAGCUAAGUGAAGAAGCGCUUAAUGAGGUAGAGGCUCCGGCGAGAGGACGAGGCAGCAGCCGAUUCCGGGGUAGGCUUUCAAGCCGUUCACGGGCUCCUCUUCGUGGGCCUGCCAGACGACCUACAUCAAGCCGUCGCAGGCGCCCGACGGUCACUACCGAGGCCACUCCAGAGCCCACCACUGAAGAGAUUGUAACGGAGCCAGAGGAACAACAGACAGAAAACGAGAUCGAGGAGAGUAACGCUGUUGAGAUUGACGAGACGCCGAGAAGAGGUGUCAGACGCCGAGGAUUCCGUCGACGCACUUCGCGUGGCGACGCUGAAACAGUCGCGAGCACAACCACCAACGUCAUAACGGGGCGAAGUGCUUCAUCUUCCGGCGUAACCAGCACCAGGCGCAUCAAUCGAAUCCGCACCACUGGUCGUCGUGGGUCAUUCCGCCGCGGUGGAUCUCGUCAGGCUCCUACGACAGAGGAGCCGACCACUGAGGCCACUACUACCACUACAACCACCACCAAUCCUCCCACCACUGCUGCGCCAACGGAGGCUGCCAUCGAGGUAGACUCUGAAGAUAACGGGGCCCCCGCCGAGCCUUUGGCACAGGAAAUUGCGACGGAGAGUGCGUUUGUCACCGAGCCCAUCGUAGAGAGUGUAGAGGAGAAAGGUGCCGCCUCCGAGGAGUUGAAUGAGGCUGCCGAGAUAGCGCUUGAGCAGGGUGAAGAGGAGCUCACUGCUGCAGCUGCUGAUGAAGCUAUUGCAACGGCUGCAGUACCUCCGACCACCGAAGCUAUCCUUGAAGAGUCCACCACCGCCGUGCCGCCUUCAGAAGAACCCACCACGCCAGAGUCCCUGAUUGGAGGCCGAGGAAGGCUUGGACGGAGGCUGAGAGGCAGGAGGCCGGGUUCCAGGCGCAACUCUAUCACUGCGACUACGAAAACUGAGGCUUCCGAGGUGUUUGAGGAGGCGCCGGCCCGACCGACCAGGCGGCCACGCCCCUCUCUUCGCCAGAGGGUUUCUACAGCUUCGACCCAAGAAACAUCUACUACCGAGGAAGUGACAGUCCAGCGACCGCAGAGAACCCGCCCGUCUCUUCGCUCCCGACUUUCGCAGCAGGAGCAAGAGCAGGAGGAAGACAGUGUCUCAGAGGAAACUAGCAACAAACCAGUAGAAAAGGCUGAAGAAACGCCAGCUCGGGGGCGCUUCCCGAUUCGUCGCCGCCCGGCUUUCCCUAUCAGGCGCCCAACUGCGCCUGAAGAGUCCCCAGCAGUUACUGAGGAGCGUCAGACUGUCAGAGAUCGUCGGCCAGCCUUGCCCAUCCUGAGACAGCGCGGAGAUGCCGAAGAGUCAGCUCCUACCACUGAGGCUGAUGCAAACACCGAAGAACCCAAGCCAGAACCUCCUAGACGUCGUCUGCCAUUCUUGGCACCGGGAUCUCGUCGUCGCGAGGGUCCCAGGCGAGGCUUCCUCGGCAUCGCCGCUCCCACCACCACUACCACUACCGAGACCCCUAUCCAGGAGGUCGUCGAGGUGGAGCAGACUGCUGAGGAAGAGACUGCCGCCGAGGAGACGACCGUAGAGGAAGCCGAACGCUCGGCCACUGCACCUGGAUCGCGACAGCUGCGCCUUCGUACGCGUGGCGAGCGGCCAAUCCGUAACCGUAACCUCCCGCCCGUGAUCGGUGGUAGGAGCAUUCUGGGAGCGCCAGGUGGCACGCGGGCCCGUCGACCUCUAUUCGCCCGUCGACCUACUGAGGCGCCGGCGGAGAGUGCCGAUGAGGUGACUCCAGAGACGGAGGUGCGCGAGGUUACCGUGGAAGCAGCUGAGCUGCCGUCGACCGAGCAGGCCGAGGAGCAGAGCAGCCCGGAACCGACCGAGGAAGUACCUGAGGCAGAGGUCACUAGCCUACCACCGGUGUUCCGCAGGCCCUUCAGCGGCCGGCAGCGCGGAGCCGGUAGCCGGCGUCCGUUCGUCCCAGGUGUGCGACGCACCGGUCGCCCCGCUGGCGGCCGACGAGGAAUCGCCUCUCUACUGAGAAGUCCCGAUGCGCCCGUGCAGGCUGUCCUGGUGUCGACGACGCCGUCGGCGCCUGUCGCUUCUGAGGCAGAAGUGUCUACCGAGGAGGCCCUGCGCGAUGAAGAGCUGCUCGUGCAGGAGGUCUCCGCUGAGAAGGCCGUUCCGGAGGAGGAGCCGGCCGCCGUCAAAGAGGUGGUCAAAUCCGAAGAGGCGGAGCCGGCGAAAGAAGAGGAGCAGCUAGUGGUGGUCGAGGGUGAGACUGUAGAGGAGCCUGAUGACCUGGUGGAGGGGUCUGGAGCGCAGAUCCAAGAUGAGUUGGCGCCCGAGGAGGAGCUUCAGACGCUGGUGGUGGAGGCCGUCGCCAUCGAGCCGACGAGCACCCAGCCGCCUACCAGCGCGACCGAGGAGCCCACCAGCGCCGCCCCCGAGCAGCCCUCUGUGGCACCUCGCAGGAGCGCCUUCAGGGGCCUCAGGGCAGAGGGCCGGGCACGGCCGUCCCUCUUCGAGAAGCUCCAGGGUCGCACCAGCCAGUCGUAGGGAAGGAAGUCCGCGUGACUGUUUGACAGGAUAGGGGACACAGGUGACCGUUCCGCGGUGACAGACCGCUGACAGACUAAGAGCGCCCCUCGAUAAGCAAAACUCUUAAACGUCUCGGUGGAAGAAGUACGGUGCGAGACGUCAUGGGCGCUCGGGAUAUGGUUUGUGAAAUUUGCAGAAAUCGAUACGCGUCGAUUUCGAAUAAUGUCCACCUGUUUGGCUCACAGGUGUGUGAGAAAAGUCUGCGUGGUCACUCCUUGAUAUCAUCUGAGCGCGUGCGUGUGUAAAUGAUCAUGAAUUUCCAUUGUACUACGCUCGCGUAUGAACGGAUUACGCAACACCGUCCACCGGAAGCUCCUUUGCGUAAACUGUUGCUGUCGGCUGAUUGUAAGCAUGUUCUGAUCAUUGUUAUGUCGUGCCCUUUUGCUGUGAGGUCUAUCGUACUUGAGUGCCAUGUAGACGUGAUCAUUGACGCACGACGAGUGUAAGAGGAACAUUAGAUGAGAGGCAUGACAUUCAUGGUAUUGCAUAAAUAAGAUGUGAAACAACA